AGUGAGGGACUGGGAGUGUUGUGUGAAAAGAGUGCAGGCCAACGAGCGAGACAAAAGAGGCUGCAUUGAAUGUGCCGGUGGUGUGUCCGUCUCUGAAGCCACAAGCAAACCACAUCCCCCCCCCCCCCCCUCUCUCUGGUCUUUAUGCUACAGACGGCGAAGACAUAUCAGAGAGAGAAACACAAUUCAGACAUUGCAAUUGGAGGAAGCGCGAAGUUGAGGACUUGGAAGAAGGCUCCCUUGGACCGGGUGUUUCUCCUCUCCUCUCCCCGUCCUCACUACACGUCGAGUGCGGUGCGGUGUGCGGUUGGAGAUAUAACCCAGAACAAAGGAGUCUUGAAGCUAGGAAUGAGCGAGCUGAGACUAGCUUUGCCAUUACCUUUGAAACCGGGCCAAAUGCCUCUCUGAGACCAACAAUAGUACAUCGGCUGCUCGUAUUUCUCGAGGAAGCUUUCCGCCCCAAAAGCGAGCAAGAAGAAGGACCAAAAAAAAAGGCACACGGAGGCACACAAGUCGGCGGCUACAAUGUUUCCUCAGAACCGACCACCGUUGGCUGUAUUCUUCUCGUCUCAGGCACCUCUGCAGCCACCCCCUGGGUCUUCGGCCUCAGUGGUGGCAGCCGCAGCAGCAGCAGCCGCAGCAGCAUCGGGGACGCCCCAGUCACUGAAACUAACAUACCCAGAAACUUUGGACCGCAUCAAGGAGGAGUUUCAGUUCCUCCAGACCCAGUACCACAGUUUGAAACUGGAAUGUGAGAAACUGGCUACAGAGAAGACAGAGAUCCAGAGGCACUACGUUAUGUAUUACGAGAUGUCCUACGGCCUUAACAUUGAAAUGCACAAACAGACGGAGAUUGCCAAGCGGUUGAACGUGAUCUGUGCUCAGCUCAUCCCAUUCCUGUCACAGGAGCACCAACAACAGGUGGUCCAGGCCAUGGAGCGCGCCAAACAGGUGACCAUGGGGGAGCUAAAUGCUUCGAUAGGGGUACGUGGGCUCCCCCCUCUGCCUUAUAGCCAGCAGCUUCAGGCUCAGCACCUCUCUCAGCAUGCCCAGGGUUUGCAAAUGGGCCCUCACCCAUCAGGACUGCCUCACCCUGGCCUGGCACUCGGUGGAGGCUCCGGCUUGCUGGCCCUGUCCGGGGCUCUGGGGGCUCAGCUAGCUGCUAAGGAUGAGAGAGCUCACCUAGAGGCAGCAGCAGCAGCUGCUGCCGCUGCAGAGCACCACAGAGACCGUGAAGCAGGACCAAGCUCUCUGUCCAACGGGGAUAAGGGUCGCCCAGCAGACUACCUCAGCAACGGCAAGAAGAGGAAAGCUGAUGAGAAGGAGUUCAUGACCGACUAUGGCAGCGAUGCUGAUAAGAGUGAUGAUAAUUUGGUGGUGGAUGAGGACCCGUCGUCCCCUCGCAGUGUGCACUCUUACUCGUCCAGGGAGAACGGCCUAGACAAGCUGCCCCUGUCCCGUAAGGACGGCCCCCCGCAGGCCAGCCCCGCCUCCCUGGCCUCCUCCAGCAGCGCAACCUCCCCGUCUCGUGGCAAAGAGCCCCCACAGAGGGAGAAGUCCAGUACUCCAGGUAUGAAGCCAGGGACUCCCAUGUCUCAAGAGUCCAACCCCCCGGGACCCAGCGGACCUCCGCAGUUCAGACCUGUCCCUGGCAAGCCUGGUGUCGACCCCCUCGCUCUGGGUCUGAGAAACCCCCUGGCGGUGCAGGGAGCAUACCCUCCAGGGGCUUUCGGCCUGCCUCCAGGGGUGAACGGGGACCUGGUCGGGGCGGCGGGUUAUGGCGCCGGCCUUCACUUAGUCUCCCCCCAGAUGAACGGAGCUGCUGCAGCAGCAGCGGCGGCAGCUGCCGCAGGCUACGGACGGUCCCCUGUGGUGGGCUAUGAGUCUCCACAUCCGCAUAUGAGGGUCCCUGGGCUGCCUGCCAGCCUGCAGUCAGCCGCCUCCGGAAAACCCGCCUACUCGUUCCAUGUGAGCGCAGACGGCCAGAUGCAGCCGGUGCCCUUUCCCCCCGACGCCCUGCUGGGCCCGGGAAUCCCUCGCCACGCCCGUCAGAUUCACACCCUGAACCACGGAGAGGUGGUGUGUGCCGUCACCAUCAGCACCUCGACGCGCCACGUCUACACCGGAGGCAAGGGCUGCGUCAAGGUGUGGGACAUCAGCCAGCCUGGAAGCAAGAGCCCCAUGGCCCAGCUGGACUGUCUGAACAGGGAUAACUACAUCCGCUCCUGCAAGCUGCUCUCAGACGGAAGGACCUUGAUCGUCGGCGGGGAGGCCAGCACGCUGUCAAUCUGGGAUUUGGCCACGCCCACUCCUCGCAUCAAAGCGGAGCUGACGUCUUCUGCACCCGCCUGCUACGCUCUGGCCAUCUCCCCUGACAACAAGGUCUGCUUCUCUUGCUGCAGCGACGGAAACAUUGUCGUCUGGGACCUUCACAACCAGACGCUGGUCAGGCAGUUCCAGGGCCACACAGACGGAGCAAGCUGCAUCGACAUCUCCAACGACGGAACCAAACUGUGGACGGGAGGGCUGGACAACACAGUCCGCUGCUGGGACCUCCGAGAGGGACGCCAGCUCCAGCAGCAUGACUUCACCUCGCAGAUCUUCUCUCUGGGCUACUGUCCGACAGGCGAGUGGCUGGCUGUGGGAAUGGAGAGCAGUAACGUGGAAGUUCUGCACGUCUCCAAACCUGACAAGUACCAGCUGCACCUCCAUGAGAGCUGCGUUCUCUCCCUUAAGUUCGCCUACUGUGGUAAAUGGUUUGUGAGCACGGGCAAAGAUAACCUCCUCAAUGCAUGGCGGACACCUUAUGGAUCCAGCAUAUUCCAGUCUAAGGAGUCUUCGUCGGUUCUCAGCUGUGAUAUCUCCCCUGACGACCAGUUCAUCGUCACCGGCUCCGGGGACAAGAAGGCCACAGUCUACGAAGUCAUCUACUGAACAAUAAUUGGCUGGGGGGGAAAAAACUAUUAAUCAGGGGGCGGAGCCAAUGCUCCCUCCUGCACCAAUGACUGUACAGAGCGUCGGUGGCAUGGAAAACAAGAGACACUAAUCUCGUACUUUGUUGUUUUGUUUAUGUUUGUGAAAGAAUUGAGAAAGAGAAGCAAGGGGGCACAAAGUCACAUCUCUGGAAAACGUUUUUAAUGCUCUGAGAACGCUGGUUAGUCUAUUAGAUGCGCAAUUGUGGGAUUCUUCCAAAGAACUUUUGCUUUUGUUCGUUUUUGUUCCUUUUUUUUUUUAACAAAAUAAAACCUCUGUAGUGAACAAGAAAUUAGCAAAAAAAACCUUAUUUUUUUAGCCUUUGAAUUUUCGCAAACAGUUGGACCGCAUCGAGUGGAAGAAGACAGAGACGAAGUGCGGGGAGGGUUCAGAGAGGGCUGGGAACUGUCAAUGGAAAAAUACGGUCCAUAUUCUGUGCGGAGUAAAAGAAAAACAAAAAGAGGAAGAAAAAAAAGAG